UUUUACUACCUUUUGCCCCUUCCCCACUUUCCACUCUAUUCUUUGGCAAUUUGGCAUAUUACCAAGCAACUCGCCGGAGCCAGCCACCGUCGGUUCCUUCUCCCCCCUUCACCAGCUGCUCCAAUUGAAGACAACCCUACUUCCGGCGGUCACGAUUCCUCUUCCCCAUCCCUUUCUCUACUUCAAGAGCUGGAUUUAAGUUUCUCACUUUAUGGAGGCUUCUUUUUGAGGAGAGGAAUUGGGCAUGGCUCGAGCCUUGGAUCUGCAGGAUUUCAUUGUUCGAGCUAAGGUGCUGAAGCUGUACAGGCAGGCUCUCCGGGUGGUUCGUAGAGCACCUGAUGGUGCUAAAGAUGAACUGAAGCAAACAAUUAGGCAGGAAAUGGAGAACAACCGGAACUGCAACGACAGGCAAACAAUUCGGUUUCUAAUGAGCGACGGGUUAGAGAGGCUGAAACGUUUAGAUGAGACCCUUGAUAUGCAGGGCCGAUGAUUAGCAUCAGCAGCAGUACACUUGGUUCUUCUUCAUUGACGGAGUGGGUUCAAAACUUAACUGUGGCAUG